AAUUUUGGUCUCAGUAGUAUCAUUCCAAAUUUGUGUGUUUCUAAUUGCAUCGUUUUUCUUACUGUUUUUUGAGCUUUGGACCAAUCUUUGACCUUUUUUCGAACUUGCUGUUUCCGCGAAUCAAAGUCUCGUCCUUUUACCUUCUUCCUCCUAAAGAUUUUCUCCAGAAAUAUAAAAAAAGGCGAUUCCUUUAUGGUGAUUUAACUCAUUCGCGAGCUUCCUUGGUAUGUUCUCGAAAGCACAUUUAGAGAUUUGUUAUCUGUAAACUCAUGCUCCUUGAACACUUUUUAUCUGCAAGUGACGAGCCACAAAACAAAAGCAGAAAAGAGAGCACUUUUGUUACUACUAUCUCUCCAAGCCUUUUUGCCUAAUUUUGUUUCUGAUGAAUCUCUAACUUCAUAAAGCUUAGGCCUUUGGUUGAAUCGUUUGUACAUUUCUAAGAAAAAAGAGCUGAUUUUAGCGAUUUCGAUUUGAGUUUGUUAAGUGAUAAGAGUCUGAAGAAAUGGGUUGUGCUGCUUCAAGAAUUGAUAAUGAAGAAAAGGUUUUAGUGUGUAGGCAGAGAAAGAGGCUAAUGAAAAAGUUAUUAGGGUUCAGGGGAGAAUUUGCAGAUGCACAGUUGGCUUAUCUUAGAGCUUUGAGGAACACUGGUGUUACUCUUAGGCAAUUCACUGAGUCUGAGACCUUGGAGCUUGAAAACACUAGUUAUGGUUUAAGUUUGCCUUUGCCUCCUUCGCCUCCUCCUACAUUGCCUCCUUCACCUCCACCACCUCCUCCAUUUAGCCCGGAUUUGAGAAAUCCUGAGACUAGUCAUGACUUGGCUGAUGAGGAGGAAGAGGGUGAAAAUGAUGGUGGUAAUGAUGGAAGUGGUGCAGCUCCUCCGCCUCCAUUGCCGAAUUCUUGGAACAUUUGGAACCCUUUUGAGUCACUUGAGCUGCAUAGUCAUCCAAAUGGUGACAAUGUAGUUACACAAGUUGAACUGAAGAAGAAACAACAAAUUCAGCAAGCUGAAGAGGAAGAUUGGGCGGAGACGAAGUCUCAAUUUGAGGAAGAAGAUGAGCAACAAGAAGCAGGAGGUACUUGCCUUGAUUUGAGUGUUCAUCAAAUAGAGGCUGUUAGUGGCUGUAACAUGAAGAAGCCACGUCGUCUGAAGUUUAAGCUGGGAGAAGUUAUGGACGGUAACUCAUCUAUGACAAGCUGCUCCGGUAAAGAUCUUGAGAAAACUCAUGUGACUGAUUGUAGAAUCAGGAGGACCUUAGAAGGAAUCAUCAGAGAGUUGGAUGAUUAUUUUCUUAAAGCAUCGGGUUGCGAGAAGGAGAUAGCUGUGAUAGUAGACAUCAACAGUAGGGAUACUGUUGAUCCUUUCAGGUACCAGGAAACAAGAAGGAAGAGAAGCAGCUCGGCAAAGGUAUUCAGUGCAUUGUCAUGGAGUUGGUCUUCAAAGUCUCUUCAGUUGGGCAAAGAUGCUACAACAAGCGGGACUGUUGAACCCUGUAGGCCUGGAGCUCACUGCAGCACACUUGAGAAGCUAUACACAGCUGAGAAGAAACUUUACCAGCUAGUCAGAAACAAAGAGAUUGCCAAAGUGGAGCAUGAGAGGAAGUCUGCAUUACUGCAAAAGCAAGAUGGGGAAACCUAUGAUUUGAGCAAAAUGGAGAAAGCACGCUUGUCUUUGGAGAGUUUGGAAACCGAGAUACAGCGUCUAGAAGAUUCCAUAACUACAACACGCUCAUGUUUGCUUAACUUGAUCAAUGAUGAGCUGUAUCCGCAGCUAGUUGCUUUAACUUCAGGGCUAGCACAGAUGUGGAAAACAAUGCUCAAGUGUCAUCAAGUUCAAAUUCAUAUAUCCCAGCAACUGAACCAUCUUCCGGAUUACCCGAGUAUAGAUCUCAGUUCGGAAUACAAACGCCAGGCGGUUAAUGAACUAGAGACCGAGGUUACUUGCUGGUACAAUAGCUUUUGCAAGUUAGUAAAUUCCCAGCGAGAAUACGUGAAAACACUCUGUACGUGGAUCCAACUUACUGAUCGCCUCUCUAACGAAGACAACCAAAGAAGUAGCUUGCCUGUUGCUGCUCGUAAGCUCUGCAAAGAGUGGCAGCUUGUAUUUGAAAAGCUUCCUGAUAAGGUUCUUCUAUCACUUGCAGCUUAUUUGUAUUAUUCUAGUUCAUGGCUCUAUGAAAGCCAUCUUUAAUACGUGCAAAUGCAACUGUUUUGGGUGGCGUAGGUAACUUCAGAGGCCAUUAAAAGCUUUCUGAUGUCAAUUAAAUCUAUUAUUCAUCAACAAGCUGAGGAAUACAACCUGCGUAGGAAAUGCAAUAAACUUGAGAGGAGGCUUGAGAAAGAGCUAAUUUCACUGGCUGAGAUUGAAAGAAGGCUCGAGGGGAUUUUAGCAAUGGAAGAGGAGGAAGUAAGCUCAACGAGUUUGGGCUCUAAGCAUCCGUUGUCAAUCAAACAAGCCAAGAUCGAAGCCUUGAGAAAACGAGUGGAUAUUGAGAAAACUAAGUACUUAAACUCGGUCGAGGUUAGUAAGAGAAUGACACUAGACAACCUCAAAUCAAGCCUUCCCAAUGUCUUUCAGAUGUUGACUGCUCUAGCUAAUGUCUUUGCCAAUGGGUUUGAAUCCGUUAAUGGCCAAACCGGUACAGAUGUUUCCGACACAUCCCAACAUUCCGAUGAAUCUCAACCCUAAGAAAAGACCUCAUUCCCUUUUUGAUGUUUGUUUCUUUCUUGGUGCUUCAGUGAAGAGGUUUUUGUAUAUGAAUGACUGUAAGAGAAACUCAACUUAACAACUUUGUCCAGCUCCAAAAUCUGAAAAGGGUAUUAUUGUGUUGCUGCUUGUUCAUG